ACUACUACAACGUCUGCUACCAUUACCAAUAGGCCUUCUAUGAGUAGUCCUAUACAGGAUGCAACAACAUUGUCUGCGUCAGAAUUCAUCAGCACACAAAUUACAACGACAUCAAUCUCAUCGAAUGCAAAGAUCUUUGUUACAGAUAUCGAUAGGAAAGAGAUAUUCGUAGCAGAUCUGACGGAUAGUAAGUUAAGCUUCAUGCCCAUCAAUGCAAUGAGGGAACCGGAUGGAUAUAUCACACACUACUCCGCAGGGGGGAGGAUCUGCUGGACAUACGAACAGAAGACUCGCAUCUAUUGUGCGGACGAGAAUGGCGCCCACAGGAUGAUGACUUACAGUUUUCACGAAGGGGACACAGAACAGAAUGAAAUAAGAGGACUUGCUGUAGCAGAGGAAUCACACAAUCUAUACAUGGCGAGUACAAACCCUCCAAAAAUAACAUACAUAAAUAUUGAUCUGGUGGAAACUGGGGUUCAUUGGGAUUUUGCGUGGUUGUCUGAUGAACCGGGAUCUUUAGAAGUUGAUGACGAACUGGGAUUCCUGUAUUGGUCAAUGAAAGGAAAUAUCCAACGCAAACGUCUAAUGCCAGGAGGCGGUUUCAUACAAACCAUAUACAACAAGUCCAUGAACACAGACCUGCUAGAGAUCACUGGACUAAGCAUUGAUCUCAGUCGAAAUCCACGACGCAUAUUUUUCUGCGACUUCGACCAAAUUUUUUACAAGGACGUGACAUCACCUUUCAACACAUCUGAAGCAGUGGAAAUAGCCGGGGACAUGAUGAACCUUAGAGAAAUCAGAUUCUUCAAUGGCAUGCUGUAUUGGACAAAAGCAUUAGAGGAUAAAGCGAUCGCUGUAUUGAAAGAUUAUGAACACGCCAACAGAUCAUUCAACACCCUUCAAAACACUGACGGAGUUACACCCUUCAAGUUUGUCAUUGUUAAAACUUAGAUCCAUUCAAUAAGGAUUGACAGAAAGCAUAUACUCUAUC